GUCUCUCGUCCCAUUCGCCCAUCUGUGGCGGUGUGCACAGACAUGGAUUUUCGAUAAACUUUCUGGACAUUCGAUAAACUCGAUGAGCAACCAAUAAUCGUCGGAAACUUCAUUCCUCCCGGAAAUGAAGUUGCUGCUCCUAAGUAUUGAAAAUACGCAGCAGGUGAACUCUAAAAUUCGUGCCUACGAUCCCACCAACGGAGACUUUCCGCAAGCCGUCGUUGGUCUCACCCCCUAUCAAGGAGCUUCUCGGAUAAGAGCUUAUGCGGUGGAGCCCCUCCGUUCCGCUCUGUAUGCGGCUCUUCCAUCAACCUUUGUUGAGCGUUGAGCAAGAUCGGGUUCUGAUGGGACGCAAAAAUUUCUUCGCCAUGAAUUUUCAGCGAGGACGUGGCAUAAAGAUCGCCUCCAUUCCUCCAUUGUCCCAGGCCAUGUCUCUUCUUUCAACCCAUCGUCGGCCCUCCCGAGACCUCGAGAUCGAAUGGCCAGAAACAAGGCACUUGCUUUGAUAUCUUGUGUCGGCUUGUUCGCGAUCUGCACGCUCUGCCAGAACACCCUCACAUCGCGCGUUAAGCGCCUACACCAAUUAUGGGGCAGCGGCGGCAAUUCUGUUAGACUCGUGUCGAAGUUAUUUGUACCGGUUUCGACGAAGAGGGUGUGGAAUGCUGUUCAUCUGGGAAUGACAUACGCCCGGGAUCUGACGGUGAGGCAUGAAGUGAUGGGGUUGGUCAGAAAAGACGGUGACUCUCACGGGAUGAAACUUCAGAUGAAACUGCCCAAUCUAUUCAUCGGCUCUCUCUUGGCGCUACUGGUCGAACUGUCUCGCGCCCAGGACCUGAGUAGAGGAGUGAUUCGCAAAGAAGGUUGGCAACGGCUAUCAAGGGCUGAGAUGCCUGCGUCUGGCAAUUCGACAAUAUCCUGGGUCGAAACAGCACGCACGCACGCACGCACUGCCAACUUUUCGUUAGAUGCCUCAUUCUGGAAUAUGCAAACUCUCUUCAGAUUCGAAACAACUGCUGGCUCUUCUACGGGUGUUCGAUCACCGGGUUUCGCUUCGAAAUUGAACCUUAUUGCUGCGAUUCUCAAGUUUGAUCCAUCCCGCUCUCCUCUAACGACAGCUCUUGAUGCCGAGUAA